GAGUCUGCCAGCGUGCCAGCCAGCGGUCACGUACGCCCACAUAGGCACGUACGUCGCUGCCACCAUGUAAAAAUAAUAAUAUUGUAAAGACGUUGAAUACGUAUAAUUUUAUCGAUAUGUAUGCUGAUGUAAAUAAAUUGAUUUUUCAACGUACGUCAAAGAGCGAAAGACAUUUGAAGGAUUAAUUGUUCUUUGUCUCUAAUUCACCUCAUUCCUCUAAUUUAACAAUUUUUUAUGAAAAAAAUCACAAAAUUAUGAACAUUACCAUUUAGGAUUUAGAGACGUUGACCACGCAAUUCGAUGUCCACAUUUUAUGAACAAAAACGCUUUAAAAUAAAAUUAAUAUUUGCGAUGGACAAUUGUACGACAGAUUAAUUCUGUUUGUACAUAUAUAUCAAAUCGAUAAAAUUCUCUUUAAUCAAUUCUUGCUUAGUUAAAGAAAACGGUAAGACUGAAAAUUGACAACUACGUAUAAGAUUUUUUCCCGCAAUUUCUGCUGAAUUUGACGCGGCAAGUUAAGGUUAGGAUUGACGUAAGCAACAAGCAAUGAAGCAACGUCUGUGAAUUGUGUGAAUUCAGAAUUCAGAAUCACUUCUCGUGACUUCUCGCAUCGAGUUCCUCAUGCAACAUGACUUCGUUCGUAGCGGAUGUACUAGCUACAGCAGGUAAACUUGAAAAAGUGAAUCUGAAUAAAAAUAUUGCUGAAAUACAAAAGGAGAUAACAAAAUUAGAAUAUGAAGUCAAGGAUUUCAUGGACGAUAAUUACGUCGAGUUCAGUGCGAAGUUGACGAGAGAUGUGCACCUGGUUAAAAAGACAGAGCAAUUGUUAGAGGAGAUAGGUAUUUUGCAGAGCAGAAUAAACGAUCAAAUCAAAAUAGAGUUGUCCAGCUCGAUGAAGGAGUUGAAAAUGCUCUCUCAAGCGUUAAAGGAAUCAAACAUCAGUCUGCAACUGUCACAUCAGUUGAUAAGCCUACACAAGUGCAUAAAAUCUAUAAAACAGACACAAGAGGAAAAACAAUAUGUUGAGACUGCCAAGACUCUGCAAGAAAUGCAGUCGCUACUGCAUAAUCCUCAUAGUCUCCUCUCUGAACUUGAAAUAUAUGUGGCAAUCAUGGAUGAAUAUUGCAAUCUUUCUCGCUCGUGCCUGAUGGAGGCUUCUGAUCUCUUGCAUGAUCAAAUUUACUGGGGCAGCGACGUGAAAGAGGGCAAGACAGUUAACUGUGUCAGUAUUAAAAAUGAGUACGAUGAUAUACAGGAAUUAAUGCAAGGAUUGCAUAUUAUGGAUCACCUCGAAAAUGAGUUAGAAGUAUUUUCUACAAAAUUAAUGGACUUUAUAAUCAAACCUAUCAUUUACGAUCAUUGUUCGGUGUACGUUGUCAAGGAGAGAGUGUUCACUGUCGAAAUAUUAGAGAAAAAAAAAUUACCAUGUUACAAAGGUGUGUUGUACAACUUGAAGCUGCUCUUCAAGUUUCUUCAUCAACAUUUAAAUCUCAUAGUCGUCGAUAAUGAAACUUUUCUAAGGAGAUUGCAGCCACAUUUGUUGGAACAAUUAUCACAUCCUUUGAUAGCGGAUUGCAUUUCUCACAUCAUUCCAACUUCUAAUGCGGAUCUGAAAAACUUUGAGCCUGUAGUUGAGACAAUUAACGAGUUUCAAAAUUACUUGGUAGAAAUUGGAUUUCUUUCUGAGGACCAGCUCUUCUUAUCAGAAUAUACAAACAAUAUUGACAAACUCUUCAUUAAUAGGAUAUGUCAAGAUCUAUUAGCCAAAGCUAGAAAUAUAAUGAGGAAAGACUUGCAUGAUUCUGUUCGAUAUGAAUCACAGGAACCGCCUAAACUUAUAAACAAAGCAUUCGAGAACGAAUUCGAUUGCGAAUUCUCCAUUGAAAAAAAAUUGAGCGAUAUGUCAUUUUACCUACCAAAAUGUCAAAUAAGCAAAAAUGCACAAGAAACGUUAGAAUUAGCAAGGACAAUAUUGAAUGAAGCAUGUGAUAGUUCGGAUGCUUGUGCUGUUAGAUUAUUUUACACAUGUAGAAACGUUUUCGAAAUGUACGCCGGUUUAGUGCCCGAACAUCAUAAAAAAUUUUUGGAAACAAUACCUCAACAAGUUGCUCUAUUUCACAAUAAUUGUAUGUAUCUCGCCCAUCAUCUUCUUACAUUGGCCCACGAAUAUAGAAACAGAUUCUCAAAAAUUGUACAAAGAUUGAACUUGACAUUCGCGGAUCAGGUGACGAUACUCCGAGACGUCGGGUCACAAUGUUUCUUAGAUCACAUGAAAUAUCAAAGAAAUAUCAUCUUUGACAUUAUCAAGGACUCAGGUUUCUCAGGAUUGAGCCAAGCGCCUCAGUUACAUCCUAGUACAGAGCGAGCGUUAAGACAAUGCAUAAGACAAUUGGAAUUAUUGAAGACCGUAUGGCUGGACGUGUUGCCUAUAAAUAUCUACUGUAAAGCUGUCGGAUGUAUAACGAAUUCCAUGAUUGAUGAUUUGGUGACAAAAGUUACAUCUGCUGAAGAUAUUCCAAUUGAUGUCGCCACAGAACUGGUGACUUUAUUUAAUAUGGUGGUAAAACGAGCGCCGCAGAUAUUUCCUGAUCAACAGAUUCAACAGCACGUACGUAAAUGGGGAAAGUUUUUGGAAUUGAUUAAGUUACUUGGUGCAUCACUGAAAGAAAUUGAAGUUAGAUGGGGAAAUGGGAAAGGACCAUUAGCACAAGAAUUUGCUGCUCCACAAGUCAAACAAUUAAUCCGGGCAAUAUUUCAGAAUACGGAUAGAAGAUCUAAUCUCUUAGCUUCUAUAAGAUAAAAAUUUCAAAUACAUAUAAAAAAUAACGAAUGAAUAAUUAAAUUUGUAUCACACGCGCAUUCUAUAUUAAAAUUGAAUAUAUAAGAUAGUGCAAAAUUAUGUAGAAAAUAGUUAUAUAAUUUUAUAAAUAUAUAAAUAUAAUUUUAUACAUUUUUGUAUGAAAAAUAGAUGUAUAAAAAAUCAUAUUAUGUUUAAUUUGCUACGAUGUCCAUAUGUAUAGACUGACAAAAAUUUUAGGUAUUAAUAAAAAUAAUCAAAUCAAAAUUAAUAAAAAA